AUACAAAAAGCAAUACACUUUUUCAAACUUUCACCUUCUUCUUUUUAACAGUUUGAGAAUCUUGAUGAUUUUACGGUGAACCCCCUCGAACAACUCACUGUAUCUUGAUGAUAGUCCUGCUCCCUGCACAAUUCCAUUGCAAAUUGAAAAUCAAACACACUUGGGGCAUCCAAUUUUCUCUAAAUUCAACAACUUGUACACAAUCCAAACCUAACAAGAAAGGAGAAAAACGGAGACUGACCCCAUUGGACGGUGAGGGCUUCGUAUAUCCGGGCCUUGGAGGCGGCGCCGGGGCGGCGAAUCGAUUUACAGAUCUUCUGCGCCAGGGUUUCGGUGGGCGGGUAGAGCGGCCGCUGAGGGUUUGGGUGCGUGACUGGAGUCGCCGACGAAGCUUUGCCCCCUAGUCCCUCUUGGUUUUGCCCUUUUCUUUCUCUCUCUUUCCUCAUUCAUCUCUGUGCCUAGAUUUCUAGGGUUUCUGCAAACUCCAUAGCCAUUUUCUUUGCCUUUCUGCUUCCACCGUGAUUUCUAGCAUUCGUGACCAUUGCAGUUCUUCUGUGAGCUUUCAGAUCUUAUCAAAAAGAUCCAUCAACACUUGAGAGAUCGAGUAUACUGACUGAAGGCCAAGAUGGCCUCAUCUGUCACAGACCUCUUAAUUGGAAAAAUUGUGGCAAUUCUUGAGAACGAAGGAACAACCAUAGCCAGUGUUCGUGAUGAAGUUGAUAGCAUUAAGGAGGAGCUUCGAAGCAUGAAAGCUUUCUUAGUGGAUGCAGAGGCCAGCACAGCAAAAACUGAAGGAGAGAAAUUGCGGGUUGAAAGCAUCAGAGACUUAGCCUAUGAUGUUGAAGAUAUCAUUGAUGAAUUCAUGUAUCACAUGUAUGAGAAGCAAAGUGGGAGUCGAUUUUCAAGGAGGCUACACAAAACCAUUUGCUUUCCAAAAUGUCUUUGGUUUAGACGUAAAACUGCAAAGAGGUUACAGAAAAUCACUAAAAAGAUCAAAGACAUUCCAGGGAGGAAUCAAAGGUACGGUGUUGGCCUUGUAGCAGGAGCAACUACAUCUGAAGAUAUUCACAAAUUGGUGCAGAACCAAGCUGAGUCUUCGUUUUUCAUUAUGGAAAACGAACUGGUUGGGAUUGAAGGCAAGAAGCAAAUACUAAUGGGAUGGCUCAUGGAUGAAGAGCAACACCAAACUGUUAUAUCUGUGGUUGGUAUGGGAGGUUCUGGAAAGACAACUCUAGUUGCCAAGACCUUCAACAAUGAAAGGGUGAAGAGACAUUUUGAUUGUUAUGCAUGGAUUACCGUUUCCCAAACGUAUGCUGUGGUAGACUUGUUUCGAAGCUUGAUCAUGGAAUUCCACAAAUCUAGGAAGGAAGAUUUCCCUGCAAAUUUGAAUGCCAUGAGCCGCAAGGAAUUGCUAGAGUUACUAGUUAACUACUUGGAGUCCAAAAAAUACCUGGUUGUUCUAGAUGACGUGUGGGAUAUAAAAAUUUGGAGAGAAAUAAAGGUAUCACUUCAAGAGAGGCAACUCGGAAGUCGAAUUAUAGUUACAACUCGAAAAGAAGAUGUAGCAUCCAAUUCUUUUGGAGUUAGAAGCCAUGUUCACCAUAUUCAACCCCUGCUAAAGAAUGAGGCUUGGGAGCUCUUCUGCAAAAAAUCAUUCUCAUCUAAUGAGCACAAAACUUGUCCACCUGAUUUUGCGUCAUUAGCUUGCCAACUUGUGGAGAAGUGUGAAGGCCUUCCUCUGGCUAUUGUGGCUUUAGGGGGUCUUAUGUCUUCCAAGAAGUUGCUGGAUCAAUGGCAGCAAGUCUGCAACAGCUUGAAUUGGCAUCUAGAUAACAAUCCAUUGCUAGACCAUGUGAAACACAUCUUGUUGCUGAGUUUCAAUGAUUUGCCAUCUCAAUUGAAACAUUGCUUCCUCUAUUGUUCUCUUUUCCCAGAAGAUUUUUCAAUUAAGAGAAAAAGGCUUAUUAGAUUGUGGAUAGCCGAAGGAUUUGUUGAAAAUGUGAAAGGGAUCACGCCCGAAGAAGUUGCAGAUGGCUAUCUCUGGGAACUCUGCUUCCGUAGCAUGUUACAAGUUGUUGAGAGAAAUGGAACAGGAAGGCCAAAAGAAGUUAAGAUGCAUGAUCUGAUGCGAGAUCUUGCUUUGUUGACUGCCGAGAAGGAAAAGUUUGGUCUUGUAUACGACGGGAGAGAAGUAAUGGAAGACAUCUCAACCCGUCGCUUGUCAAUUCACAAAUUGGAAGGAGAAUUUAAAUCAUGGCCGGGUAUGUCAAAGAUUCGUUCUCUUCUUGGCUUUGCAACUGACAUGUCCUCAUUGACUUUCUCAAACACACUGGUUUGUCAAUUCAAAUUGUUGAGGACUCUAGACUUGGAGGAUGUCCAAAUUGGUAAACUGCCAGGUGCAGUUGUUUACUUGUUCAACUUGAGAUACUUAAAUCUGAAGGGCACUUUAAUCGAGGAACUUCCAAAGUCUAUAGGGCGUCUCCGCAACCUUCAAUUUUUGAACCUGUGGCGUACUAAGAUAGAGUCACUUCCACCAGCAAUUGCAAAGUUGCUGAACCUGCGCCAUCUAAUUGUGUAUCGCUUCACUGGAAACCAUCUGGACUUCACUGAAAACCGUCUGGCCUUCAAACUUGCGAGUGGGACAAGAGCGCCAUCAAAUAUUUGUAAGUUGCAGAAAUUGCAAUGUUUAUCAAUUAUUGAAUCAGAAGGGGACACUGGUAGACUUAUCGGCAACAUGACUCAACUUAGGAGCAUCGGCAUAUCGAAUGUGAAAGAAAGAGAUGAGAUUGACCUUUGGGUCUCAAUUGAAAAGUUGAAUCUGCUUCAAAGUUUGAUUUUAAUGGCAAGUAAUGAAGAGGAAAUUCUUCCGGUGAAAGCACAAUGUCCCCCUCUUCCGCACCUUCAAAAGCUUUAUUUGAUUGGCAAACUGCAAAACGUAAUACCUUGGUUUUCUUCAUUGCAUAGCCUCACAACUCUGCUUUUGCAUUGGUCUAGACUUGAAGAGGAUUUACUACUUCAAAUUGAAGCACUGCCUAAUCUAACAAAGCUUUAUCUUCGUAAUGCAUAUGUUGGGGACGAGUUGUGUUUCCGCAGAGGAUUUGUAAAGCUGGAGAGGUUGGAGUUGUUCAAUUUUGCCUCAUUGAAAAAUAUAACUAUAGAUGAAGGGGUGAUGCCAAAUCUUCGGUACUUAUGGGUUGACAGCUGCAUGCAGUUGAAGACAGUGCCAUUGGGCCUUGAAUACCUUUCUAAUUUACAAACUUUGGGUCUGGAAAAUGUUCCCAUGGAAGUUAUAAGGCCUAUUCGGAAAGGAGGUGUAAAUCGCUCUAAGGUACAACACAUCCCUGAGAUCAAACAUUUUUUCCUACGAUCAUCCAAGAGGGUAUAUGAAAACUUGGCCUAGUAUUUCUUUCUCCUGAAAGGUACUUACAUUGAACAUAAGCACGACUUUUAUCAUAUACUAAACAAGAAAUGGUACACAGCAAUAAAAACUAAAUGUGUCCAAUUUGGUGUUCCCAGCCAUAAUGUAUUAUGUAUGCAAUGAAAGAAAGAUUUACCAAAUAUUUGUUUUUUCUCUUGUUACACCUUGUGUAGAAUCGAUCAAGUGAUUCAAGUUUGAGAAGUAUAAAUUUAAGAAGAUUUGACGCAGUUUGAUGAAGAAUCAUUUCUGUCCACGUAGGAAGAUGCAAGAUCUCGGUUUAUCAUUUGCCUCAUCAUUUUUAAAAAAUUGAAAUAUACACUGUGACUCUGUUUCUGAUGUUGUACUUGGUAUAGUUUGUGUGCAUUGGCAUGUAAUAAUGUUGGAUUGAAUGCCACUUUAGCAGUUUGCAUUGUAAUAAAGAUUCGGUAUCCAUGUUGGAUUGAAAAUUUGAGUUGGGUUUUGAA